GCGACAUCAGCUGAUGGGAAAUACGCACCAGGUCGUGUAGCAAAACAAAAAAACAACAAAAAAACCCAAACAAACAACUGCGCACAAUUCCCUGCUGUUGUGAAAAUUUGUGAAAAUGUGAGGAGUAGGUGCCAGACGACCUGCCUUCAUUCAUUUCUUAUCUUGGGGUUGAAAGACGCCAGAGCGGUAUAAACCGGGCCAAAUGACGAGCAAUACCGGCGCGGCGAAGAAGAUCCGGACGGAAUACAUGAAGAAGUUUCGGGAUCCGAAAUGGGAGACGUUCUCGAAAUGUUACGAGGACUCGCUAAAAUACAGACUGUCACGACGGCUGAUGGAGCAGACGCACAGACCGCUGUUUGGGGAUGGUUGGGAGAGUGGUACCAAUUCGAGCAGCACAUCCAGCCCCAGGCUGAGAAUUGCAGUAGAAUCGUCGGGUUCAAAACCGCACACGUCUUCCUCCGAGUCGAAGUGCGAAACAGUAGACGUGCACGACUCUUGGGAAACGCAGGUGAACGGGGAGGUGCACACAGAUGCUUCCGCAGUGGAGAAUUCACGUCCAACAGAAAAUGAUCACCAGCACAUGAUUAAUAACGGGUCCUUGGAGCUUGUUGGGCGGCGGGGCCCGAAGAACAGACCCACUCGCUCAGAAACGAACCAGCGCCAGCACGAGCCCGACACCGACGACUCCUCCGGCUCCGCACUGAGGACCCAGAGCCACACCAGGAGCCAGCCACCAGGUGGCGCUAAAGAGGGUGGCCCCCGCCGCGAGAGCAGACGUCCGCUCGUCCGGCACGAGUGGACCGAGAGAAACAUGGGCCUGCGGGAACGGAAGCGGACCAGCAUGAGAACCUCAGUCUCUGCCGCAGAGAUCCACCAGCCUGAGGUCAGUGCCCAGACCCGACGGGACUCUGAAAAAAAUCGCGGCAGGACUUCGGACCGUCGGAGGGCUAGGUCGGCAGACCUGGAGAAGUUGCGGCGGGCGGAGGUCGCGGUGGUGGAUGACUGCUGGAUGACUGAGUACAUGCGGUGCUUCUCGUCCAGGCUGAGGUAGAGGCAUGUGGACCAGAGCUCUGAUCCCUGUGGGACUUUCUGCCUUCCCGGCACAUUAUGACUGAUGUGGACCAAGGGCAAUACCAUGGGUACAAAUCAGAGUAAUACCAAGGGUUACCAGGAAAAUAACCAAGGGUGUUACUGUGGCUGGAAACCUGAGGUUUUGGGCCUCAGGGGCGUUUUGUUUGUGUUGUAGUGAGAUUAAUUGAACUGUGGUUUUGGGCAGUUUUGGCCUCAGUAUAUUGAUGUUGACAGCAGGAGACACAGGACAUAAGGACCCAAGAAUAUGGUUACGUUCACCCAAUGGAUUGUUUUAUAAUAAGAAAUUACGGGUUGCAGGCACAGAUCCCAAACCAGCAUGAGAGGACAUUUUUUACACGAGAGUUAAGUCAGUACAGAUAGCGUACAUGACCUUAUCUCCGUGCCCCAUGCAGACAAUAAUAAUGAAUAUAAAAGAAAUGCAAAGGCAAUAUUUUACUCUUCAUCUCUAUCUGCCAUUUCAGGAUAGCAGUUGUUAACAUUUCCAAAUUAUUCUGUCUCUUUCAAAUUCAUAAAAUCAUAUUAGAGGACCAGUUAUUAAAGGAAUAAUGCACCCAAAGAUGUUAAAUUAGUUUAAAGUGAAUUGGGGAUGAUGAAAUUCAGUAUGAAUGAGUAUGAGCUCAUUAGCAGUAUGCUAAUUAUCUAUUUAGCAUAAUGCUAAAGAGCACUAAUAGCUUGUUUAUUAAUAGCCACAUUAGCAUUUUUGAUGAGCUAUUCCUUUAAGGUUAAAAUGGGACAUAAUGUAUUUCUAAUACUGUAAUUGAUCUGUCUAGUUUUCUUAUAACACUUGAAGAUAGUUUGAUGGUCUGUUCUGUUUACUGUGUUGUCCCUUUUGGUGGAAUUACUUGAAUGUUUUUAAACAUAUUUCUGUUCUGAUUUUCAACUCAAAAGAUGAAAGAAAUUAGCUUAACCUUUAAUAUUUGAGUGGACCAAAGUUGACUCCACUGCACUGUUUGUUGAACUCACCCAUUCUCAGCUGCACUUCUGGAAUUCUAGAGUUCUGGAGUUUUCUCAGGCACAGUUUAAGUUCAUGAAUGUGAUCUGGGUCUACUGCAGGAUUUGAAACUGCCUGUCUUCACUGCGAUGUAGCUAGCUUCACUUGCCAUUGUUUGGCUUAUUCAAGACUGUGGUUUCUUUUUUUUGGGGGGGGGGGGGGGGUUCU